GCCGAAUUCAGGUUUGCUUCAAGACUCAAAGUACCAGUGUGAUUAUGCUAUUAUUGGAAGCCCUUCUGCGCGGGUUCACACGUUGAUUUAGUAUACUAUGCAUUCGCCCCGUCUAGCAUGUUAGAACCGCCUCCCCGCUUUCUUCUUCUCUUACACAUAGCACAAGCGCUCUAAUGAUAUACUACACAGGCUAUAUAUACAUUCGCGUGGAGACUUGUAUGCUGGCCGGCUUCUCUUUCAAACCAGCAGCAUAGGAACUAGCACCGUAGCUAAGUUAUAACAAUAUGAAAUAGCGGCUGUUGCUAUAUCCUUUCGACGAAGAUGGAAAGUGUCAGAUGUAAGGGAUGGUAUAGUCCUAGGUAUACUAACGAUACAAUACAAUGCCCCCACACCUAUGGGCAGUUGCCCAGGCUGCGUGGCCCACGAUCCGCGCACUAAGGCUUGAACAUAUUGCGAAUGAGGGGCUAUACUUACCCCGCCGUUGAGGAUGGAGUGACGCCUUGGGAAUUUUCAGUUUCUGUUACAACAUCCACAAUAACACUGCGGCGUGGGUGCAAUGUAUUGCGUGGCGUGGCCAGUAUGAGACCACCGCGCCCAAUGGCGCGCUUCAGCCCGGCGCUAUGCUUCGUAGAUUUGAACUCAGGGAUCUGGAGGCAGCCAGUGUCUUGGCUGUCCAUGGGGCCAUUGGCCCACUCCUGUCGCAAAGGCAAUGUCGAACGACGCUGUCUGGGAGGCAGCCUGUACCCUGCUGCUACUUUACAGCAACGGGCUGCGUUCACAAUGUCUACGCGACUUCCCUCGCAGCGUAGCAUGAAUAUCGAGGUCCAGAGUGAAGAGAAUGGUAGCUGUGAUACGAUACCAUUGGGAGACUUCCUGCGAGUUCUAGGCGGGGUUCAAGCAGCAACCUCGGCGGCCGGUGAGUAUGUCAGAGAAGCAUCGGAAUGGGCUUCAUCCAAGACACAAGGAAUCAAAUUCCACCAAUGCCAAGACACUCUGGAUGGCGACAUGCGCGCGAAAGCGUCUGUGUCGCGACGUCUAGCCAAGUUAGCGCUCGCUAUUGGGUUCCUUCGCCAACAGGGGCGGCGUGGUGUGGCGGCCACGGCAACCGAGUUAGGCCUGGCGUGGAAUUUGGUGCGCGAUGCUCUCGAUUCCGACGUGGAUGGAGAGCUCCAGUGCAAGGCAACCCGUAGUGCUCAAGGCUUUCUCGCUAUCGCCCUGUGCAGCAUCGUGAAUAACGGGGCUAUAGAUGAGCUUUUCCGGCUUCACGUCUGGGAGCCGCUAGGUCAUAGGGGCGACCCUAGGUUCGCGGUUCAUUCCCAUCAGGUUUUUGCCCAAAGCUGGAUAUUAGCUGGGGAGGGCACCGAGCAUUCUUACGAAGGUGGCCCGGUCGAUAACGAUGCCGAUGCCACACAUGCCACGUACUCGCUUUCCUGGAGCGACGGCAACAAUUCAGAUAGUAGCUACAAGCUGAACCAAAUAUCGUCAACCAUUCGAAAUACAGGGCAUCUGAUGCGGUGUGUGCCAAAGCAGUCUGUAACACAUGCGGUUGGCGAUUGCUAUUCGAUCGCAGCAGCGGAGUUCCACCACGUUGAGGUUCCACCCCAAAAGGUGCAUGCGACUUUGUUCUUCUUCGAUGCUUCCAGGGGCUACGUCGAUGAUGCUGGCGUUCUUGGUCCCAAGGAUGUCGAGUCCUACACACAGAUACGUGAGGUGCCAGGGGUUACACCUGGCGUGCUGGCACGCAAGGUUGAGGUAGUCCGGCAAUUAGAGGCACACAUGUCACUAGGCCAGCAAUUUGCGGAGAGGGCGGAGUGGGAGCAUGCGCUCCAGUCAUUUAAUAGCGCAUUGCAUGUGUCCGAGAAGCAAGCAGACAUCCUCGGUACUAGUUACUACCGGAGCCUCAUACUCGGUAGGAUAGGGUCUACGAAUAGGCGUUUUGGCCGAUAUGAGACGGCAAAGAGCGUCCUAGAGAAGGCUGUUAUAGAGUCGAUCAUCCCCGAACUCCGGCUUGAGCUCAGCGGGGAGCUUGGGGUUGUCUAUCGUCAUAUGGACCAGAUUGAAGACGCAAGAGACGCGUUCCAGAUGCAAUAUCAACUCGCCAAACAGAUUGGCGACUCGUUGCAGAUGUGCCGAGCUAUCGGAAAUCUGGGAAUGGCAAACUAUCAGAUUGGGCUAGUAAAUCAAGACCCAACUCAUUUCGAGGUGGCCAUUGAGCAGCUUACAGAACGUGUUGAGAGUGCUCGGCAUCUGCGGGCCCAGCCGCUUGACGUCGGCAAAGGCGCGCAUUGGGAUGCCAACCUUCGGCAUUGGGAAGUAAUUGGUCUCGCACGGUUGUCAUUAUGCCUCGCUGCUGUUGGAAAUAUGUCAGAGGCGAUUAGUAAAGCUUCAGAGUCCCUUGACGUAGCCAAGGAUAUAAGCGACCCUACAGUGAUUGCAAUGUCUCGAUUUUACCACGGCCGGGCCUUGCUUCAAAGUGGACGAGCUGACGAAGCAUCCGAGGUUUUCAAUACCGUCGAUUCCUGCACGCCCGCCAUCGCUUUCUGCAAAGAGCCGUCCGAGGAACAUCGUGGAUACCUCCGCGAGCUAAUCAAUGCCGGCGCCAACCUGGAUUUAGUCGAUGAACAUGGGUACUGUGCUCUGGACUACGCGGUUUUUAACGGAGACCAGGAAACACAGGCAGUGAUUAUCGGUAGCUUGAAAGCACUGCUCGACCCAGCAGAGAUAGACGCCAAGCUGGUCGGGGCGAGAGUGCGCAAAGCUUACCGAGAGAUUUUCCAAGAGCAGUUGCGGCCGAUUCUGCUACGCGUGGAUGUGGGAAAAGUCGCUGCAUCUUUGCGCCUACGAUAUUUGGAACUACUAGACGCUGAUACCGAGAAGCGUAGUCUUCUCGAUGAACUCAAAUUCAUCCCAUACUCAAAAUUCAUCGAGCUUGGCCAUUUGCCGCGAUCAGACCAAGCUCCGCUUGAACGACUUCAAACAGGUACUAACGGGGAGUUGGACAAGUUCUUAAUCUUUUUCUCAUAUCGUUGGGUAGGGCGGCGGGACCAAGAGGCAGGUGACCACCAAGUAGAGCGACCAGUAACGCGGCCAGACAACGACGAGAACAGGCAAUACAAGCGAAUGCUUAGCGCCAUUGACCAGUUCCUUCUAUUACAUCCCUCAAUACAUCGCGAGUCUAUAGGCAUUUGGGUGGAUUAUGCUUGCGUUGACCAAGAUGACUCGUUUCGCGGGAUGAACACUCUGCCGUUAGUGCUGACCCAGUGCAACGCUAUCAUAAGUCUCUGGGAGCAAGACUACGAUGAGCGCGCCUGGUGCUGUGCCGAGGCUUUGCUUGCGCAAAUUCUGAAGCAGUCGUAUGGGUACCAUUUGUGGUAUGAGAGCGUACCAAGCAAGAAAACAGGUACCAUAAGCCCUAGGGCCGGGGUGACUUCAAAGGAAGACUUGCGCGAAGCAUCUCUUGACCGUAUGAUCGUACCAACAUCAGCAAAGUUGACUUUUGAUGCGGAUAGGCCAAUUAUAAGGUUCCUGGAGAGACAAGCUAGGCUUUUGGGAAGCUAGGGGCUACAUGAAAGCACGAAAACCAGUCAAGAAACCACAGUCGCGACAAAAUCUCAGUAGUUUCUUGUGGGGAUAUAGCUGAUGUUGUACAUAGAAAAGUGAAAUUUAAAGCUUAAAAUGUCUAGCGUGAUUAGCCUGGUCUAAUGUUCAUGUUGCGCUUUGAUACUAUAUUGAGUUUAUUGCAC